AUGGUGUAUUCCAUCAAACCGUUGUCCAUGUUGCUCUAUAUCACACUGGUGCUGGGCACAGCGGAUGGCUCGAGUAGAGCGGAUAGAGUUGGCCGUGUAGUCGAAGUGAAGGCUCAUGGUAAGCCGAGCUCACUGCGAAAUCCGCCGCUUGAGAGCAAGCCUUUUCGUAUUAUUGAUCAAGCUAAAGCUACUAACGAUGAUGAAAUACAGCAGUGUAAUGUAUAUCUCGAUAGUGACAGAGAAGCGACAUUCGUGUACCGUCGGUUGACGUGCCCGAGAUAUGGAAUCCUGCAUGAUGUUGUUCUUGCCGAGCAACUCAAUAAUCAUCAAUCUGAGGGACAUCACGCUGAAGAGCAGAACAAACAGAAGGACCAGAUGAACGGAAGUCCCAGCCAACACCAGAAGCUGGAUUUGGGACGAAUCAUUGGUCUAGCCCCAUGGGGAGCGCAAAUGCUCCGAGCCUUGAAGUGGAAGCCUGAAAUAAAGGACCUGCCUUUCCCUUAUCCAUCGGGCAUGAACAUUGAUGAGGAACUGGAGAAGGACUCAUAUGACUGUGAAGCUUUCCAGACGUUGCGACUGAGAAGCCGUACCAACCACAGCAAAGAAGUGAGAUGGAGUAUAUGGGUAAGAUUGAAUGCUCCUGUACUCGAGGAAGGCUUCAGAAUAAGUAGGAUCUCCACCACCAUCUCUGAAAACAUUCCAGGCUUAAGCCUGGACUUCAGUAUGUCUCGUCUGGAAGAGUUGGAGGCCAACGCAGAACGAUUCCUUCCGAACUCGACGCAGUAUCCGAGUAAACCAAAUCGUGAACAUCUUUGCUCCAGACAAUUGAAUCGCUAUCUGUAUUACAUCCUGGGGAAGAAUAAUGGCGAAGGCUCUACUGCCCUACUGAACGACAAGAAGUGGAAGCCGAUCCUCUGGCGCAUAGUUAUGUGGCUUUUCGCUGGCCAGACUGACCCCAAGAUCGAGGAUCAUUUCAUACCCAUUGGAGCGCCAAUCUACCGAGUCACAGAUCGGAAGAAUACUGUUGAGUCUGAAUCCACUCGCCAUCUAAAGACGGUGCAACACAGAAACCCAAGAGAAGAAAUUGACGCCUCGGUCUUGUUAUCACAAGUGAAGUACGAGAGGAGCAUCCUUCGCCUGAAUUGGUUCCAGGCCUGGACUCUAAUAGAGUUUUUCGUUGGUGCGUCACGCGUGGAGUAUGAUGAUGUGAAGCGAGAUUAUCAAACUUCCAAGGUACUCGUAGUUCUCGCUAUCGUGUUCGAUGAGAGCUCCGAGGCCAUCGAACCAGUAUUCGAGCCUGUCAAAUUGUUCUUGAACAAGACGGCUCCUGAUGCUGUUGAUAAGCCAGGCCAUUUUCGACGUGAUUGCCCUCUAUUAAAGACCGAUAUGUCUCCUCCUUCGGGAAACACCGAGGCAGCGCCGAUGAAGCAGUAG